CUUUCAAAAAAAAAAACUCAACGAACCCAAUCAAAUCACAAAAGAAACCCAACCACAACUUGAACAAAGCAGCAAGCUCCUUAAACCAAAUAAUUCCAAAACUCCCCUGAGAAGGUCAACACAACAGAAGAACAAACAAAAAACUUGACCUCGAUCAGUUAUCAAACCUAAAACCGAUCAACACAUUCAGUAAUUCCAACUGGAAGUUGAACCAAAUCGAAUUAUCCAACUUGUCAAUCUUACCCAAAAGAAAAACCUAAGCAUGGACGAAUUAUCAACCGGAUCUGAAUCAGAUUAUGCAAAUUCAUGGAUCUCUUGGUUCUUAUCUACAAAAGGAAACGAAUAUUUUUGUGAAGUAGAUGAAGAGUAUAUUUUAGAUCGAUUCAAUCUAACUGGAUUAAAUUCAGAAGUUCAAUAUUAUGGUCAAGCACUUGAUUUAAUUACAGAUGCUUUAGGUGAAGAUGAGUUAGAAGAUACUGCUAGAGAAUCAGUGGAAGGAGCUGCAAGACAUUUAUAUGGUUUAAUCCAUGCCCGAUAUAUAAUCACUUCACGUGGUUUGUCCAAAAUGCUCGACAAAUUCAAAAAAGCCGAUUUCGGUAGAUGUCCUCGAGUUUUAUGUUAUACACAACCAUUAUUACCAGUAGGAUUAUCAGAUUCACCAUAUUCCAAAGCCGUUAAACUUUAUUGUCCAAGAUGUGAAGAUAUCUAUUCACCUAAAUCUUCGAGACAUGGUGCAAUAGACGGAGCAUAUUUCGGUACAACCUUUCCUCAUAUGCUUUUUAUGGUUUAUCCUAAUAUGGUACCAAGUAAAUCGAUUCGAAUCAAUAGUAAUAGUGGAAGUAACAGUGCUGGUCAAACUUCUGGUAGUGUGGUUAAUGUGGCAGGUGGUGGUGGUGGGGUUGGAAGUAGUGCCGGGGGUGGAAGUCAGGGAAUUGGGGCGGGGUCUAGUGGUGGGACUGAAGCGGCUUUGAAAGCUGAGAGAUAUCGUCCUAGGAUCUUUGGAUUCAAAGUUCAUGAAAUUGCUAAAUUACAUCGAUGGCAAGAAGGACUAAGAGAUGAACAAAUCAAUCGAUUGAAAGGUUUAGAAGCAAGAGGAGCACUUGAAUGAACAAUCAGACAAUUGUUGUUUCUUUUUUUUUGUUUUCUGAAUGGUUUGUUCUUUCUCUGAUUUCUGAUGUCGAAGUGAAAUUCUAUGUGGGUCAUGUUUUUAUUUCUUUGUGAAAGAAGGGAAUUGGUUUUUUCUAAAAAAAUGGGAGUGAUCUUUUACGAUUUUG